AACCUGAAAGCCACCGUUGUAUGCUAUGGCUUUUGAAAAGAAUUAUCAUAAAAUAGAAACUUACAGUCGAUAAACAACGCCGUAUAAUAUAUCGGUUAUAUAUAUAUCUAUAUUAUAUAUCGGGACAGUUUCACUGCGCAAUUUAGAGUUCGAACAUUUCGACUACGUGGCGGAGGAAGACCAUAGUAACAGGUUUGUUGUCAAGGAGUGCGACGUCCCACUUUGGACCGAAGUACCAAGGCGUAGUGAUAUCGAAAUUUGGGCGCACAGCAGCAGAAGAUAGUGCUUGACAAUCGCACGGGUGGAAAGCAAACGCUUGGGAUUCCGUUUAUUUCCUCUACGUGCAAACUAACGUAGUUCACACUAAAGUACAAUGGCUGAUCAGCUAACAGAGGAGCAGAUUGCUGAAUUCAAGGAGGCCUUCUCCUUAUUUGACAAAGACGGUGAUGGCACCAUCACUACUAAAGAGUUAGGGACUGUCAUGCGGUCUUUGGGCCAGAAUCCCACAGAGGCAGAGCUUCAGGAUAUGAUCAAUGAAGUUGAUGCGGAUGGCAAUGGAACAAUUGAUUUCCCAGAGUUCCUUACUAUGAUGGCCAGGAAGAUGAAGGACACGGAUAGCGAGGAGGAGAUCAGAGAAGCAUUCAGAGUUUUCGAUAAGGAUGGAAAUGGUUAUAUCAGUGCAGCAGAGUUGCGUCAUGUCAUGACAAAUCUGGGGGAGAAGCUUACAGACGAGGAAGUGGAUGAGAUGAUCCGGGAGGCAGAUAUUGAUGGUGACGGCCAGGUCAACUAUGAAGAGUUUGUCCAGAUGAUGACAGCAAAGUAAAAACUGGAAACCAAAAGGAGCACAACAGACCAAACAGUGGGCAGCACUCUCACUGUCAACCUUCAACAAGCAUUCACAACCCAAUCUCUUACUCUCCAUUUAGUUUUGCUCUCCUCCACUUUCCCUUAGUUUGAUCAGUCGUCUGCUCUGCUUGUUUUUCCAACAUGAUCUCCUGUCAGCUUUUUCCCUACAUUAUCUGGUUUUCUUUGGAAGAAAAUAUUUACAUGCACAACACAUUUUAAAUCUUGCAUAUAUGAUGGUGAUGAUAACAGCAGUGUAACACAUGUAUCAAUAUUUUAAAGAUUGUGACAUACUAUAUGGACAAGAGCAAUGCAUGCUUUAUGUUUGGCAUGUUUUUGUGUUUUUUUUUUUUCUUCCCAGCUUGCCUCUUUUUCUAACUUGCUAGUUCUCAUUUAAUUGCAUGUUUCUCAUGCAACCUCUGCUCAGUGGUCUUAGAACUGUAUGGUGGAUAACCAUUCAUGGAUAAUCAGGGGCUUUAUAUAACAAAAUGGCUCAAACUUCCAUGUCAUAGUGUGAUUGUUUUUGUAAGUGUAGAUCUGUGUGUCUGAGCGAGUGCUUGUAGUUUGGAUUUAAAGUCGAGCCACGCAGUACAGUUUACGUUUUGGUAUAGGGCUUGUUCUUUAGGAACCGCAUAACUAACAUGUAAGAUAAAAAGAAAAUUAGAUAAACCUGUGUAGAAUAAUCCCGGAAAUGGUUAAUUGGGGACCAAUUAUUUUCAGUUAGUUUGCUUGUUUUGCCCCUUUUUGUAUUCCUUGAGAGAAACAUGGUGGAAAGGCUUUGACCUUCUUUCCAAAUUGCAUUUCCUCACUAAUUUCACUACCGCAAAGCAAAUGCCACCUAUUUGUUCUAGACUGGUGUAGAAAGGUUUAAUGUUUGGUUUGAGCUCUAUUAGUGUGGAGUUUGUACUGAAGAUGUAGAAUAGUUUUCACCUAAAUAUACAGUCUUA